CAUGGCUGCGCCCAUAUAGCUGCAAGUGUCAUCAGGAUUUGUUGUUGUUACAAGCCUUAUAAAAAGUAACAAACAAUUCAUUGGGUAAUCCCAAAAUUAGAAAAGUCAUCCCUGUAUUAGGAGCACCAUGAAUAUCUCAUCAGCAAGAUGCCUCUGUGGGCGUCUUCCCAGGAUGGUUGGGCGUGUUCACCAUUCAAGGAAAACAAUCCACGCUGAACUGGUAGCACCUUUUGCCAGUCUUGCCGAACAAUUCAAGCUUGCCUCGGAAAUGAAACAAAAAUCUGUGGGGAGUCACAAUCUGCAACCUUUUUUCAGGACUGAAAAAGAUGAUCCGACAAAACAUAGUCUACACGAAGAAGGUUUAUUCUACACACUACCUGAAAAUGUGAUCAAAAAACUAUUUUCCAAAGGUUUGCCUGUGGAAUUUAAGAAGUUGGGCAAGACGUUACAGGAGUCCAGUGUUAUGGUACGUGCCCCAGCACUGGAAGUAAUAGACUACAUCAAGAAAAUCAACCUAGACUAUCCCGUUCCCAGGUUUAUGCUUUACGGUCGUCGUGGAGCUGGCAAGACGAUGACACUCGCCCACAUCCUCCAUUACUGUUCCUCUGACGACUGGCUCCUCAUCCAUGUUCCAUGGCCUGCUCACUGGAAUGUUCACUUCAAGGAGUUGUCUCCCUCUUCUCACCGAUCGGGUCGGAUUGAUUUACCCGUGGAGGCUGCAGAGUGGCUUCUGCAUUUCCGUACCCAGAACCAGUCACUAAUUAAAGACAUGAUGAUUACUUCGAAAUACAUAUGGAGCAAGCGAGAAUCUUCUGAGGAAGGCACACCACUGGUGGAUGUUGUUGACUUUGGUUUAAAUCGUGUGAAGUUUGCCGCCGACUGUGUUGGAGUGGUACUCAAAGAAGUGAAAAAGCAAGCUGACUUAAAAAGAGUCAAGGUUUUAGUAGCAGUUGAUGGUGUAAAUAGUUUUUGGACAAAAACCUGUAUUAAAACACUAGACAAAGUAGAGGUUAUGACCGACCAGUUGUCUCUUGUCCACAACUUCAGAAAGAUGCUAAAAAAUGACUGGACAAAUGGAGUUGUGGUGUGUACUGUUGACCCUAUGGCAAAUUAUCGCACAGACAGAGAAAACGAUACACCUCAUUAUUUAUUAGGAAAAGAGGGCUUUGAAUGGAUGGAUCCAUUUGUCCCAAUUCAUGUGCCCUAUUACACAGAAAAAGAAGCAUACAGUUGUUUGGAAUAUUAUCUUCACAUGAAGUGGAUUCAAACACCAGAAGCUCGAUCUGAACAAGGCAAAAAGGAAUUGUUGUUUCUAAGCAACAAUAACCCUUACAAACUAUUCCGAGUGUGUGCUUCAAGAUAACCGAAUCAACUUUUUGUGUUUUGUGUGUCGUAGGGAACUGGAUUGGACUUGCAAAUAUAAGAAGUUUUUAUCAUAAACACAACAAAAUUGCUUGGGAUACAAGACAGUCAAAAGUAUUUGUAUAAUUAUUCAAGACUAUCACCCCUAAACACCAAGGAAUCAUUUUAAAAGGCAAGAUCGCAAAGAAGUGGACCUACUAAAGAGCCCAAACAAUUAGUGUUUUACAAUAUAUGUCCCGAUAACAAUAAAAUGAAGGUGUUGUAGCCAUUAAUCAGAAUUUUUGCUAGUUGAAGAGGAAAGUACACUAUAUAUCUCAAGUGACUUAAAAGUUAACUUUAUAGCAAAGUAAAAUUAAAACCAGACAAAAAAAUAUUUGGUCAAUUUGCAGUCAAAUAUCAAAUGACAUUGCCUUUGUUUUCCUUUUCAAUAGACUAUUUCAGAUUUUUUUUUUUAAUUAUUGAAAAUCCUGCAUUAAAUUGGUUUUUGGCUCAACGGAAAAUGUACUCCCUUGAUUAGGGAUGUAAUUUGUGAUUUUCCCCAACUACAUCUGUGUAGUGACAUACUGAAAAUUAUCAAGCAGGAGAUCAUGUAUUGAGAACAAUGUCCUCCUUGUGUUUUAAUAAAGUUUGGUACAGUUAAAUCAACUUAAUAUAGGUAUUGAUUAUCAGCUGUGGUAAUGUCUUAGCAAUGGAAGCAGAAGAGGAUAAAAUAUGUAAUUUUUUGCUAUUAAGGAACUGGGUGUCAUACAUGUAAAUAAAAAGUGUACAUACUCUGAAUACCCAAACUGUUAAUGACUGGAAUCCUAAGACAUAAUACUGAUGUAGUGCUAUUAAUUUUCUGCAACUAACAGAAAUGUGACAAAUCAUUAAAUAUAUUGGUAAUAAAAAAACCUAAAUUUUCA